AUGCAUCUACCGAAGACCACAGGUGGCUUCGCGCUUCCGCACUCGCCUCCCCGCCAUUCGCGCCGCGCGUUGCUCCGCCAUCGGCGGCAGCGAUGCAUGGUUCUGCUGGUGGUCGCGUGCGUGCUCGUCGUUAUGCUGCUCUUCGUCUCGCUCCACCUGCCGUCAGUAGAUUCGCUCCUGCCACGUGGCAAGCAGCCCUCCAUCCGCGUGGCCCUCGCCACUCUCCGCGCCGAUCCGACGUGGCAGCAGCUGCUGGAUCCCGACUCCGCGGUGCGCCAGCUCAGCGACCAGAUCAGCCUGGGGAAGGCGUAUCUGACACGCGCGCGGGAUGCGGGGGAGAGGGAGUUCGGCGAUGAGAUGGAGAGGGGCGUGCGCGCCGCAGAGGCGUUCCUUGCUCGCUCCAUUGCUAUCCCCAGCCAAGCAGUGUACAAGCAGGAGGCGCGGGCGCACAUAGCAAACAUGAGCGCUCUCAUUCUUCAGGCCAAGGAGAUGCACUAUGACAUAGCGGCGGCAAUGGCAGCGCUGAAGGAGAAAGUGGCAAAGGCAGAAGAGAAGGCCUCUAAGGCAUCCGCUCAGGCCACUCUCGCCUCUCAGGCACCAUGUGUAAACUCACUGCUCUUCACCGCACUGCACCCCUCCGUCCCCCCUCCAGGUGGUAUCAGAGUCGAUGCCCAAGCCCAUGACGUGCCUGUACAUGCGGCUGGCCAGGGAGUGGGCUCUGCAGCACGCCUCCACUGCACAUGGAGGGAUGGAGGCGGACACUCACCCCUUUCAAAUACACCACGGCCUGGUGGGUUACACGGAGGGUUGCACUUACCGCCCUGCACCUUGGAGCUGAACAAACCAUUAUUUCUUUUUUUGCUCUUAAUAGGUGCUGUAUCUGGGACUGCUGCACCUAGCGGCGCUACAACUAGCAGUACCGCACCUAGCAGUACCGCACCUAGCAGUACCCCACCUAGCAGUGCCAUACCUAGCAGUACCGCACCUAGCAGUACCGCACCUAGCAGUGCCACACCUAGCCGUGCCGCACCUAGCAGCGCCCGCCUGGUGGACACCUCGCUGCAGCACGUGUGUGUCUUCAGUGACAACGUGCUGGCCGUGUCUGCUGCCCUCAGGUUAUCAAAUCCUCAACCAGCCCUCGCUCCCUUCUCCCAGCCCCCAGGCACGCCCAACAGCUCCCGUCUGGUGGACGCCUCGUUGCAGCACGCGUGCAUUUUCAGUGACAACGUGCUGACCGUGUCCGCUGCCCUCAGUCAGGAUACCAAAUCAACACCCCACCGCCCUCUCUCCCCUUUCUUCUCCCAGCCCCCGGGCACGCCCAACAACUCUCGCCUGGUGGAUGCCUCGUUGCAGCAUUUGUGCAUCUUCAGUGACAACGUGCUGGCCGUGUCUGCUGCGCUCAACUCCACUGUCCUCUCCUCCCACAACCCCUCACGGCUCGUCUUCCACAUCGUCACCGACGCCACCACCUUCCCUGCCUUCGUGGUGAGUCUGCCUCUGCUACGCUGGGGAUAUGCGUUUGUGGGUGGUGUGCUCCAGCAUGCUGGCCUGGGCGUGUCUGCUGCUCUCAACUCCACUGUUCUCUCUUCUUACAUCCCCUUCCGCCUGCGCUUCCACGUCGUCACCGACGCCACCUCCUUCCCUGCCUUCGUGGUGUGGUUCUCCCGCCACCCACCCGGCUUGGCAUCACUAGAGGUGCGGCGGGUGGAGGGCGAGAGCGGGUGGCUGAACGCGUCCUUUGCGCCCGUGCUGCGACAGAUGCAGGACGCUGCUGCCAAGAGCUUCUACUUCUCCGCUGCUGCUGCUGUGAGUGCAAGGGGAGAGCUGGGUGGGAGGGGGGGAAGUGGGGAGGAGGGGGAGGGUAAGGGCGAGGGCAGCAGCGACCCGAUCAAGUUCCGCAACCCCAAGUACAUGUCGCUGCUGAACCACCUGCGCUUCUACCUGCCGCUCCUCUUCCCCGCGCUGCACCGCAUCCUCUUCCUCGACGACGACGUCAUCGUGCAGCGCGACCUCUCUGCUCUUUAUUCCCUCCACAUGAACGGCGGCACUCCCUUCUCUCCUCUUCUCCUCUUCACCGCGCUGCACCGCAUCCUCUUCCUGGACAACGAUGUCAUUGUUCAGCAGGACCUCUCUGCUCUCUUCUCCCUCAAUAUGAAUGGCGCCGUGAACGGAGCAGUGGAGACGUGCAAGGGAUCAUUCCACUGCUUCCACCGGUACCUCAGCUUCACUGCCACUCAGCUCAAGCUUCAAACCUUACCACUACUCUCGGCUCCUGCUAACUCCCGUCCUCCCCUUCCCAUCAGUGCCGUCAAUGGAGCAGUGGAGACGUGCAAGGGGUCCUUUCACCGCUUCCACCGCUACCUCAACUUCUCAGACACGCGGCUGAGAGGGCGCUUUGACCCUGAGGGGUGUGCGUGGGCGUAUGGCAUGAAUGUGUUCGACCUGGACGGGUGGCGACAGGCCAAUGUGACUGCCACGUACCACUACUGGCAGGAGCAGGUGAGAGAACGCACUCUGAGGGGAUGUGUAGGCUGGCGAACACUGCUCUGUGUGUGUUGUUCACAUUGCAUCAUCGUUUUUACUUGUCUCGUUCCUCAAGCUGAGGUAGCCUGUAAUGAGUAUGGCAUGACUGAGGGGUGUGCAUGGGCGUAUGGCAUGACUGAGGGGUGUGCAUGGGCGUAUGGCAUGACUGAGGGGUGUGCAUGGGCGUAUGGCAUGACUGAGGGGUGGGCAUGGGCGUAUGGGAUGACUGAGGGGUGUGCAUGGGCGUAUGGCAUGACUGAGGGGUGUGCAUGGGCGUAUGGCAUGACUGAGGGGUGUGCAUGGGCGUAUGGCAUGACUGAGGGGUGUGCAUGGGCGUAUGGCAUGACUGAGGGGUGUGCAUGGGCGUAUGGCAUGAACCUGUUCGAUCUGGGCGGAUGGCGGCAGGCCAAUUUGACUGCCACGUACCACUACUGGCAGGAGCAGGUGAGAGUACGUUCUCUUGGGGAAGCUGUCGAAAUUUGUCUUGUUACUGUUCCCCAUGUUGCAUCAUUGGUUUUGCCUCAUCCUGCUCUUCCAGCAAAGCUAGCUGUGGCAGGAGCAGGUGAGGGGGAGGUGACAGAACGGGCACAUAAAGCUAUGUGGUGGUAG